GCCCCGCGCCCUUCUGAACCCUGGAGCGCCGCUCAAGGUUCGCAGUACGGCAGCCGGGACCUCAUGGAUCUGAGACUCGCGGGGCGCCGGGCGCUCGUCACGGGGGCGGGCAAAGGCAUCGGUCGCAGUAUUGCCAAGGCGCUACACGCGGCGGGCGCGCGAGUGGUGGCCGUGAGCCGGACCCAGGCCGACCUGGACAGCCUGGUCCGCGAGUGUCCCGGGGUGGAGACCGUGUGCGUGGACCUGGCUGACUGGGAAGCCACGGAACAGGCGCUGGGAGGUGUUGGCCCCGUGGACCUGCUGGUGAACAAUGCAGCUGUGGCGUUUUUGCAGCCCUUCCUGGAGGUCACCAAAGAGGCAUAUGACAUGUCUUUCAAUGUGAACCUUCGGGCGGUCAUCCAGGUGUCCCAGAUUGUGGCCCGAGGCCUGAUAGCCCGGGGAGCCCCAGGGGUCAUCGUGAAUGUUUCUAGCCAGGCCUCCCAACGGGGACUGACUAACCACAGUGUCUACUGCUCCACCAAGGGUGCCUUGGACAUACUGACCAAAGUGAUGGCGGUGGAGCUCGGGCCACACAAGAUCCGUGUGAAUACAGUCAACCCCACGGUGGUGAUGACACCCAUGGGCCAGGCCGCCUGGAGUGACCCUCAGAAGGCCAAGGCCAUGCUGGACCGCAUCCCCCUUGGCAGGUUUGCUGAGGUGGAGAACGUGGUGGACACCAUCCUCUUCCUGCUCAGUGACCGCAGCAGCAUGAUCACAGGCUCCACUGUGCCGGUGGAUGGGGGCUUCCUGGCUACCUAAGCACCCCCCUCCAUCCCCACACACCCCUGUUCCAAGUUGAACCCACCUUUACCCCCAUUCCCCUUCCCCAUCUCUUCAGUAAACAUGAUUCUUCUGUCCAGCCUGCACAUUCACACCUAGGCCGCAGUCAUGUGGCCAGAAGAUGCAAAGCUCAGAGCUGAGCAUGGGGACAAGUCCCAGGUAGAGACACCCGUUCAGCUCACCCUGGGCCAGUGGCAGCCUGGCUCUCCUGCCAGAGAUUGUUGGGCCUGGCUAAGUCCCUGGCAGGUAUAUAGGACUUUCCAGAAGGCCAGCUCCUAAGGAGGGUAGUGAAUUUGACCAAGGAUGAUCUUCGGCCCUGUCCAGAAGCCUCUCGGGUGGAAGUGGUGGUGUUUUCAUAUGAAUGAUCAUUGGUAUUCCUUAAGUCAGCGCGGAAGACAAAAGUGAACUGAGCAGGCUGUGUGCUGGAACUUCACUACUUUGUUCACGGUUGAACGACUUUGCCGAAUCAGGUGGUGGUUUUCAAUUACUGAGAGAAUAUUCCCGCAGCGUUCUGAGUCCUUCACCAUGUACUAGGCAUAGUCCAGGUCAAGAUCCAGCUGUAGAAUUUGCCACCUUCCAUGGUGACAUAUUCCCUUCUGUUUGAUGUCCUUGAGGUGGAGCUGACACAGAGAUGUCUGUCCUCCACUUUUCCAUGCUGUCCUCACCACACAGAUACAAAAGGCUUACACCCCAAAGCACAGAUGAUAGUACGUGUACGAAAAUAUUUAGGAAGUGAUGGGUUUUGAGUAUUUGUUAAUUUCAUUUUUAAAUACAACUGAUUUCAAGUUUA